AAUCAAUCAACAAAGUUGCAGCGCUUUGCCACAGUCACCCUCAAUCCGUGCACGGGUACUCGUGUGGAUACCGGUAGCCCAUCAUCACCUUCAAACCAUUCAUUUGAUAUUGGCCCUCCCCUCGAGCUCUGUCCCCAUCCUCAUCUUAGCUCUCUCUUAUCCGUAGUAACUCCCCAAGUACCAUAUUGGUAAAGAAAUUUAGUAACAACCAUCCACCAUGUCGCUGCUCUUGAUCCUCCUUGUUAGUCUACCAGUAUCAGCGUUUGCCACCGAAGUUGUGACUAUGUACCACAUCCAUCCCUAUACAGCCUCCGCCGACCCCAGCGACACGAACCUGGGCAAUCUGGACGGUGAUUUGUUCUUUGAUAUUGGUGAGUUAUUAAUGCUGCUGCCUUGUAGUACCCAAGAAGACGCCAAAGGAUUGCCAGCCUUUGUUGCUUGCAGCAACAAAGAAUUCUGGGGAGACACCAGUGUGAUAUCUAAACUGGUAGUGGAAGUAACAACAGCUGACUACGCCCCAUAUGUUGCCUGCAAUAUUUGCAGUAUGGAGGGGACUUCUCCACUCAACCCGGAUCACUCUUGCCAACCGGGAGACUAUGUUUGCGAUUGCGAUGGUGGUGGGGAGUGCAGCGAUCCUCGAGUGGGACGAAUCAGCCCAGGAGGGGGUAUUCACUACUUUGAGACCCUUUGCCUGGAUCCAGACUAUCGUAAGCGACCUCAUCAAUUCUUUUGUGCCUUUACGGUGGCGGCAAAGCGAUUGAAGGGUUACUGGUAUAGUACUUUGGGAAUUGGCAAGGACAAGACGUGGAGAGUGUUGGAGACGAUAAAGACAAUAUCCAAACAAUGCCACCAGCAGUCUUUUCUAUCUGACAUUGAAGCUCGGGGCGAUUGCUUCGAGGGGUGUCCCCAAGCAGACCCUUGUUACGUGGAGUGCUUUAUCCAGACUACACUGGGAUCCGAGGCACUGGAUUCUCCCACUUCACAGGGAGGAAUGUCCAAGGAGGAACUCGUGGAAGCCUGGGCAAGACCCUUUCGAGAAUGCCCGGAUAUUCGGCGUGGGUAUGCCAUGGAAUUGGCCAAAGCAAUGUCCCACAUGCUGCAGCUGUUUUAGAUUGCAAGAGGUUAGUGCCAACAAUGAUGGAAAAUUGAAGGUAUGCAUACCAGAAGAAGACGCAAUCGGUCUCGAAGGCAGCCAUAGAAUCAAUUUAAUUAAAGCAUGGCAGACGAAGAACUUUCGAAUGGGUCAUUCUCUUUCUCUUCGGGCCACUGGCUGGACCUUGCUCUCCCAGUGGCGGCAUCCAAAGGGCUCCAUCAUUCGCUACUAGAGUUGUCACGUAUUUCUAGCCAGAUAGUGGCCUUGUCGGUCCUUUCGGUGUGACCAAUUGCGCGACAGUUUCAAGCAGCACUGUAAUAAGAUUACCAGUAAAUUACGCAAUCACUG